GCAUCUAGACGUUAAUCGGCACUUGAGGAUGGCCAGCUCUAGCGUUCGGAUGAGUGCUCGUCCAGUAAGCUAUAGCCCUACUGGUAGAGUCCUGGAAUAUGCUACAAAUCUGGGGCUCUCAAAAUAUAAUAGAAUCAACACUUUUAAUGUCCUGGUCGAAGAGAUAUAG